AUGGACUGGAACAACGCUGAUCACUACAAAGUGACCUCCAGCUCCGUGCAGUCGGCGUGGCAGAGCCCCUUGGUGGGGCCACCACCGGCAACGACUCCGGAGUCGGUGGCGGCUCGGAUGUACCAAGCCCGGGUGACCUUGUUCGAAACGAGCCGAGCUACCGAGCUCUGCAUGAACAAGCGCACUGCAGUCUUUAAGGGGCUGUUGGGCAAAUACAAGAAGCUGGCGGCGUCGCACGAGGCCCUGAAGCCAAAGAUAACGCCCAAGUGGAGGAGCUACUGUAGCGUGUCUCCGAAGUGCAAGGCCGAUGCGCACAAGACCGAGGUGAAUCAACUCACCUCAGCCCUCUUUUCCCAGGCCAAUGAAAAAAUCUGCCUGGAAGACGAGGUGAAGAAGGGAAAGGCCCUAGCUGCUGAGCUCGAGACUCGUGCGACAGCCGCCGAGUUAGAAGAUGCCGAGAAGGCCGGCCUGCUCAAGGUCCUCGGGCGUGAGAUCAUCAAGAUCGAUAACAUGCUGACAAAAUUCUUUCCCUUAUCCGUCGAGCAUGCUCAGGCGACCAUGGCGAAGCUUCGCAAGAAGAGGGACCUGGCGGUGGCAGCAGGGGUGUCAUACGAGUGGGACUUCGAGGACUACCUGGUGAGCAUUGCGAGCCGGGUUAAGCCUCUCAAGUCCUUCGGCGUUGACAUGCUGGAUGCCUCCUUCCGGACCUUCAAAGCGUUGUGGCUCGGCGAAGAGGUGCCGGAGGAGAUCCCGGCCCUGGCAAGGCGGCUGCACGAGGGUCCGUCCCGGCUAAACGAGUGGCGGGAGUCUGCCGCACGCGUUGGAGCCGACGAGGCUUUGUCGUUCGUACUCUCUUGGUACGAUGGCGGCAUUAAGCUCGACGUGCUGCAGAAUAUGCGUGCCGGCUCCCCCCAUCUCUCGGAUCCGGAUCUGGUGGCCAAGCGCAAGGAGCGGGCCUACUCCUUCAUACAAUUUGCCGACGUGCAUAAAUUUGUAGAAGGCCCGAUCUCUGACGCCGAAGCCGAAAUGUCAGACGGGGAGGAAGAGGUGGAAGACGAGGAAGUCGCCGUGGUGUCGGCCUCCACUGUGCCGAGUUCUGGCAACAACGACCCCCCUGUAUCUUCGUAGUUUGCUAAAAAAAAACUUCAAAAUAGUUAGAUCCCCGGAAUGCCGAGUGCAAAUGUAACCGACAUACUU